AUGGGUGAUAUGGAAGAUUCUAUUAAACUUGACGAUGACGACUUUCUUAGCACCACUGGGAAUAGCGCUGAUGCUGUAUUGCAGGAAUUGUCGUCAAUAGAACAGCAAAUGGAGGAGUUCGAGGAGGAACAAAGAAAGAUUAAGCAGAUGCAAAGUGAUAUCGAGGGUCAAAUGAAUCUUCCGAGAAGUAGCAAUGGUACAAACAGUCCUCUAAUUCUUUCUCCUGAGGAAAAAGCGGAAGCUGAUUCCCGUUCAGUGUACAUUGGGAAUGUCGACUACAGUGUAACCGCUGAGGAAUUAGAAAAGCAUUUUCACGGGUGCGGUUCAGUUGCACGAGUUACGAUUCUGUGCGAUAAGUAUACUGGUCAUCCAAAAGGAUUCGCCUAUGCGGAAUUUGCAGAUAAAGAGGGAAUGCAGAUGGCUCUAGCUAUGUCAGACAGUCUCCUAAAAGGACGGCAAAUAAAGGUUAUGGAGAAGCGCACCAAUCGCCCUGGUAUCUCAACGACGAAUCGUCCACCACGUGGGCGCGGUUACCGUGGACGAGGUGGCUUCGGAGGAGCUCCUCCGGGAUAUAUUAUCAAAUACGUACCUGUAGGUGGAUAUCGCCCUCGCGGAGCGCGUGGUCUUCGGUAA